GACAAUCGCACGGAACCGCUUCAUUUGCCAGAAGCGUCGCGCGGUGAUCGUAACGUUAAACGAGCUCCGGGUACACAUACACACACACGCGCACAGAGACUGAAGAAGAUUCCGCCUAAACGGGAGUACUAGUGAUAACAUAUUAUAUUAUAUUAUAUGAUAACUACAAGAAUUUUGGCCAGCCGCAAGAAACAUACAUACAUAUGUACGUCCAUCUGCAACCGUCAGAGCAGAGAUAACGCGAAGAAGCUGCUGCUCAGUUAUGAGUUAUCGUCAACCUUGACCCCGAACCCGAAGCUGGCAAAAAAGUUGAGAAAAAAGAGACAGUUGAAACUCAAGUCUAUAAUCGCGAGGUAAAACAGGCAAGACGAGGAAGAGACCUCAAUCAACGCUUAUCAAUAUUAAUGAUCCCGAGUCCCGCUUAUAGCUCCACUGUGUGUAACCCAAUCUGAGAUUAACAACAACAAAAAAUCCAUAAUUUUCCGACGAUGAUCGUGGACUUUUGACAUGUGAAUUUGCUUUUAACUGUGUUCCUUAACGCUGUAGUUUACCUUUGACCUUAACCAAUCAGAAAAACAAACCUCUCACCAAACUUAUCGCAAAAUUUAUCGAGCCCCUCGAAUCCCAUCGCAGGGCUAAGCAUUUAAUAAUCAAAAUGGAAUAAAGUGAUACUCGUAAUCCGCUCAGUGAUAAUUACUUAAGUUAUUUGCGCUGAACCCCUGAACUUUGCUCGCGCCCAGUCGGAGAAUACAGAAGUGAUCCGUGUGGGUCUGGUACUGGUUCUGGGUCUGGGUCUGGGCCUGGGCCUGUUUCUCUGCCUGUUUCUGGUGUUAUUUUCACCGAUGACUCGCAUGCGACUGUUUGUUUUCAAAAUGACAGUGUGAAGGCAUAAGCCUCCACAGCACUAACCACGACACCAUCCCCUGGAGGGACCGCCCCGACGGCUGGUUAUCUAAUUUCAUUAUUUCAUUAUCACUUUUUAUCCGAUUCUUAUUACUUCUAUUAUAAUUAGUAUUACUUAGACAACGAACAAUGAAUCCUUAGUUUCCCCAAUUAAAAUAAGAAAUAGGCUAAGAAAACCGCUAAAAUAGUGAGGCGUUUUUAGCAGCGAAGAGACAACACGAAAGAGAGACGCCUACUACGGCCACGCAGCAAAGAGAGCCGACAUGGAAGAGAAGGAAACGAAGAGACUCGCCGGUCGCUCUUACGCCCACGCAGCCCAAGCAAGAGAGAGAACGGCCGAAGGCAAAGGAACAGCAUGCAAGAGAACGAAGCGGCAGAGAAGCCGCCGAUCGCCCACGCAGCCGAGGCCGACAGCCGAAAGCUGCGCAGCCACGAAGCGACGGAGAAGCUGCAAAAGGUAAAGCAGAGGCCUGGCACGGUCCAGCGCGGGCCAGGCUCGGGAGUGAUCUCGGAGGGCUGAGCCAGACCGGUUCUGCGGCGGAAGCCAAAAUAGAUUUAAAAACUAGCCGUGACCGCGCCGUGUACGCAAUAAGCCGGACGCGGUGAAUAAAAACCAGCUGUGACCGCGGUGUGCAAAGGAAGCCACCGACGUGACGAGGACCGGCCGCCGGACCCAAGGAAGGGAAAGCAAGGAUCCGACAUGGACAACCCAAGGACGAGCGACGCACAGCCUCUAGAGGCAAAGGAUGGCACGGAGGGGCAUCCUAGGGGUGCGUCGCCGCCCAGCUCAAGGCAACCACGGUCCACGACCAGCCAACCACCAGCAAGCCACCACUCUCCGACCCCGCAAGCAGAACCGGGCAACACCACGCAGCCUGGACCAUCAACAGGAGCCGUACCACGACCACCCACGCCACCUAGGCCAUCCCGACGUCGGGCCCGCCCCGAAGGCCCACCGUCGCCCCGCCGGGCGACAACCAUGACCUGGGCAUGGCUCAACGACGUCGUCCAUCCGAACACGUCACGAAACAACCUGGGUGGGAUCAUCACAGUGGAGGCGAUGCGGCCAUCGGACUCAGACGAGGAGGUGCGAGCAGGCCGGGCCCAGCAGGAGCCACCAAGACGCCUACGCCGCCGCAAGCAUCCAGGCCAAGGAACAGGCACCGCCGUCACCCCACGCGCGACUCGAGCCAGGACACGUCAACCUGGACUCCAACUCCGAGGGGCAGAGCAGCUCCCCAGUCGCGCCCAAACUGCGGCUGCGGUCCCCACCACCACCGCCCUAUUACCUGUACCGCAUGGGAGAACCGCUGACCCCACGGCCGAGCUACGACAGCAGCUCCGACGAAGGGUUCACCAGCCCCACGAUGGAGGCCGACAAGCACUGGGAGUCGACCUGCCAGGCAAGCACCGAUGAAAAGUUCUUGCACGACCGACGCUUCGGAAAAGCGGGUGGCCGCCCAUGGGUCAGGCACUCCGUCCGGGAGCUAAACCGCCAACUGGAGGCCGAGCGGGCCACGACGGGCCCAUACUCGGACGUGAGCGAGGACGUAGAUGGGCCGGCCAACUGCCAGAAGAACACUCCAGCCAACAUCGCGGUUGACGUGGCACCUUGGACCACCUGGAAGGACGCCGACAGGACCCUGCAACUGCUGCACGCCCAUCCACGGCCCAUCACCCCACCCGGGCCCGAGAGGGAGAUCAUCCCCGCGUCGGACAUCGACACAACAAGCGACGACGAGGUACAGCUCCUAGGAGAGGACGACACCACUCCGCUACGGAUCCGCGACGGCAGUCUGGGCGAUGCGCUGCCCCGACGGCUCCGGAACCUCGGCCUUCAGGAUGAACACGAGCCACCCAGACACGUAACCGGCAAUGAGCUGCCCCAACUGCUCCAGGAACUCGGCCUGGGGGACGGACCCGUGUCCCCGAUACCCAGGGAUGACGGAGACGAGGAGGUAGUCUGGAUCCUGGGAGGGCAGGAGAACCAAAACGGCCCGAUCCCGGACACCUGCUGGGACGACGGGUGGCACGCCAGACUGCAGGAGUGGGACGCGCAGGAGGAGGCGGCAGCCCCGGAAAGAAGGGAGAAUCCCGAUUGGCAGCCGCUGGACCACGCACCAAUGAAGUGGCUAUCGCCAGAUCCCACCGACCACAACGCCCCGAACCCGGAACCGACGAGCUGCAUGGCCCAAGAGGCCGAACCAGGAAACGCGAGCCAACCAAAGGAGGACAGCGACCUGGCCAAUCGCCCCAGUCGCCUGGCGGGUAAGCACGCCUGACCGCCGCAUCCCGCAAAGCCUGUGGGAAGGCGCCAGCGCUCAGGCAAACGCGGCGCGUCACGGGCACAGCCGGAUCCGCAGCUUAGAACACCACGACGGCCAACGCUUCCGCGUAUGCAUCAGCGGGAAUUUGGUGCGCAUUUCACCGCGCCCCAACCCGAAGUAGGAAGGGAGUGUGAAGGCAUAAGCCUCCACAGCACUAACCACGACACCAUCCCCUGGAGGGACCGCCCCGACGGCUGGUUAUCUAAUUUCAUUAUUUCAUUAUCACUUGUUAUCCGAUUCUUAUUACUUCUAUUAUAAUUAGUAUUACUUAGACAACGAACAAUGAAUCCUUAGUUUCCCCAAUUAAAACGAGGUGGAACGUUGUGAGUUGCUGCGGAC